CAGUUUCCACCACAGAUUAUAGGUGGAUACUAUCUUUAUUUUGACGUCCGUGUUUUCCACUGAAAAGGAAUGUUAACAAUCCAAUAUUUUGUAUUAUUCUACAGGUUGAAUGGUUAAAUAUAUUAUUUAAAGUACAUAAUUGACCAGGUAGCUUACAACAGCUAUGAGGUGCUUCGUUUUAUUACCUAAGUAAUAAGUAUAUAUUGAUUCACAAUGGAGUACACUGCUCAUAAUUUGGAGUAUGCAGUGUCAGUAUUUUAUAAUGGAGAACAGGAAGAUCGAGCUCAAGCUCAUGCUUGGCUCACAGUGGCUCAGCGUGUGCCUGAGGCUUGGAACUUUGUGUGGGAAUUACUGCAACCCAACAAGGGGACAGAAAUACAAUUCUAUGCUGCUACAACAUUACAUACCAAGAUCCUUCGUUGUUGGAAUGAAGUACCACCAGAGAGUUAUGCAGAACUCAAGGAGAAGUUACUACAAUCAGUGAUUGCUUACUCUAAAGGCCCAAAGAUAGUUACUAACAGACUAUGCAUUAGUCUAGCAGCAUUCAUUCUACAACAAGGAUCUGCCGAUGUAGCUGAGAUACUGAGACCAUUGUCUACAGUCGAAAAUACUUCACUUCUACUAGAAGUUCUGACUGUCAUACCGGAAGAAUACAACAGCAUGACUAUGGGGACAGCUAUGAGAUCUAAGAACCGUGCAGCAUUAAACCAAGCAUCUUCUAUGGUUUUGGCUGACAUGUUAAGAUACUUAGGAACAGUAUACAAUGAUUACAGUACCGCAUCGCCCAGUGAAGAAACGGUACACGCGUGGACUUGUGCUGCGAACUGCGUGGCGAGCUGGAUCACGCUGGGCGGCGAGGAUGCUGUGGACAGCGCUACCACGCUGCCCGAGCGCGCGCCGCUCUGCUGCGCGUUGCUCACCGUCGUGAGAGUGCUCUGCAGAUGGAACGAAGCAAUGAGCGACACAGCGCUGGAGGCGUGCGAGGCGUGCUUGUCGGCGGUGCGCGCGGCGGGCACGGCGGGCUACGCCUCGCGGCACCAGGGCGCCGCCGCCGCGCUCAUCGCAGACCUGGCCGCGCUCGGCGAGCCGCUGCUGGAGGCCAACAACCAGCCGAACUCGCUCAACGAGGAGCUGCUGACCGCGGUGAUCACGUGCUGCGUGGCGGUAGGCGAGUGCCACGCGCGCACGCUGGUGCAGGCGGUGGACCAGCCGGGCGAGCACACGCAGGGCGCUCUGCGCAUGCUGCAGCUGCUGCUGAAGGCGCAGCGCGCGCCCGGACACUACCCCGUGCACGAGACGCGCUCCAACCUCCUCUUCAGUCUGUGGUACACGCUGCAAGACGAGAUAUUAAAUAUGGCGAGCAGUACACAAAGGAUCAAUACAGAAUGGGAAAACUAUUUCGCACAAUUACUUCUGACGCUUGUGAAGAAAUCGGAGAUGCCGGCAGAGUCGGCGCUCUCGAAGGACGAUCAAGAGCUACUGCGAUGUUACAGGCAGGACAUCGCGGAUAUUGUGAUGUACUGCUUCAGCGUCCUGGGCGAAUCAUCGUGGUCGUACGUCGAGAACGCGUACAAUGCAGCGGAAAGCGAUUUACAGCGCGAGUCAGCGCUGCACGUGUUCCUCGCACUGGCGGAUGCAGCGCCGCCGGAUCGCACGGUCCCAGCGCUUGCGGAAUUGCUGAUGCAUGCGCUGGACCUUGCUGCAGAUCCGAGUAAUCUUGAUACUCGCGUUUUGCACACAGCGCUCGAUUGCCUGGGCGCCUACGCGUCGUGGCUGAGCUCGGUGCAGAGCCCGCAGUCGGCGCUGCUGGGGCAGAAGUGCAUGCGCGCGGCGGGCAUGGCGCUGCCGCGCUGCCCGGCGCCCGCGGCGCUGGCGCUGCGCAAGUUGUGCGUCGACUGCUACGUGCCCGCCGCCGAGCUGGUCGCCGACAUCGUGCACGUCGCGCAGUCCGCGAGCAGCACGACGGACGCGUGGACGCGGCGCCAGCUGAUGAGCGCGGCGGGCGCGGCGCUGGCGGCGUGCGAACCGGCGGACUCGGGCCCGCUGCUCGCCGGCCUCGCGCAGCGCCUGCUGCGGGACCUCAGCGCGCAGGUGCGGUCGGGCGGCAAGUGCGGCGCGGCGGAGUGCGUGGCGCUGCUGAGCGCGCUGCGCAACCGGCCGGCGAUGGCGUACACGCUGUUCCGCACGCUGCUGCCCGCGCUGCGCCUCAUGCCCGACAAGCCGGACCUCGUGCAGCCAAUGUUUGAAAUACUGAAAAACACAUUAUCUGCGCUGAUGGGCGAGACCGUCCUUAUCGUGAACGAUUUAGAGAAACUCAUCACAGCGGGCUUCGACACGGCGCCUUGCCCGGCCGGACUGGAUGUUAUCAAAUUUGUUUCCCUGUUCACGGGCAGAGUGUGGGCGGGCGCGCCGAGUGUGUUGCGCGCCGGCGUGGUAGCGAGCGCGCGCGCGGUGACGCCCGCAGACAGCGCGCCCGCGGGCGCCGCACCGCGCCCCCCCGCCUGCCCCGCGCCCGACCUCGCCGAGGAGCUUUUCGCGCUGCUCAGCGCGCUCACCAAGAAGCAGCCCGUAAUCAUCGACUGGAUUGAAGAUUUACUGCCCGAUCUAGUCAACUUGGCGUGCAAUUGCGUGCGGCUGUGGGAGGCGGGCGCGGCGGGCGCGGCGUGCGGCUGGCUGGGCGCGCUGGCGCACCGGCGGCCGCUCGCGCUGCAGGCGUCCGCGCCCGCGCUCACGCACACCGUGCUGCGCUGCAUCGGAGGAGCAACACCUCGCAACCAGAUGGACCCGCUGGCGGAGUUGCUGCUGGCGCUGAACCGUGCGCAGUGGGAAGACGGCGCGGGCGGGCUGGCGGCGUGGCUGCGCGACUCGCUCGCGCACGCAGACUUCCCCACGCAGCACGCGACCGACGCGCACAAACAGAAGUUCAUUACGGCCGUACUCAGAGAAAAGAGCAGCAAGCGGCGGUUGCUUGAAAGCGUACAAGAAUUCUCACUGGUGUGCCGCGGACUUAUCGGAACCGAAUACGCGCGACAGGCGAUAGCGUCCAGACAGAUGAUAGCCUAAAUAUGACUACUAGUAUAAUACUUUGUUUUCGCCUUUUCUCACACAGGAAAAUCAGUUUUGGACGACAUAAAAAAACAUUAAAUGCAUUUGAGACUUAAAGAAAAUUCAUGAGAGUUUUUCGAUUUGAAAUUGAAUGAAGUAGAGGAAAGUUGUAAGUCAAUGAUGUCAGAACGGGUGAAAUCAGACGAAUUCUAUAGGUUGCUCGGGAGUAUUUCCCAUAAUUAUAUUUUAAGGAAAAAUAAUUAAAAAUGUCUAAGCAACAAUAUUUUUUUAACUAGAAAACUAAAAUAUUUUUGAAUAUUUUAGUUUUUUAGUAUGUUUUUGACAAUACGGUCUAAAACGCCUGUAAAACGCCUAAACGGCCAUGACAGUAUAUAUUUCAACUGUUUCAUUACUUCACUACAAUAAAUCCCAUACAAAUGGAGCGUUCAACAAAAAUAUUAGGUAACAAUUAGUUCGACGUUAGUGUGUUAGUGACGUCACAAAAUGGACGACAGUGUUUUAGACAUUUGGAAAAUUUGAAAAAAUACGUGAUUUUUAAAUUAAAUCCUUAACUUUUAUUAAUUGAUAUCGAUAUAUUCCGGACCCUUAUUCCAUGUUCUACACGAAAUUAAUAUUAUUUACAUUAAAUUUGAUAUGAAUCAACUACCCAAUUGGCUGCAGCAAGACAAUGCUUUGCUAUCAAGUGGUGUUUUAUUUGCAAAUACUGGCAUUAAGUCGAAAACUGAUUUUAUCUGAGUGGGUCAAAAGGCUUUAGUCGCUCUUGAAUCCUAAAUAUGACUGUGUUAAUAAUUUAUUAUUGUGUAGGUAAAAAUCCUUAGUGUCUCAAUGGGAAUUAGAGUCCAGUCGCUCAGAAAUUGCGUUUCUGACACCGGCUAAUUCGUAUUGUUUUUAUAUUUCUUAAUUAAUUAAUCUAUAAUGUAAAAAAUUUAUGUAUGAAAUGUGUUGAUAAGCUCAAAUCUCAAGAACGGCUGAUUUGGCUAAUUAUUUUUUUAUAAUAUUCCUUGAAAAUAUGGGGAUGGUUUUAAAUUUUUUUUUUAGAGUUGUGAUAGGGUUAGGGUGGGAGUAGGAAAAGGCGAAGCUUGACCGGGUCUGCUAAUCGUUAAUAAUUUUAGCCCAAAAUUAAUACAUUUAUUGUAAAUUGGCAUAAUUACUAUUACAUUUUAAUGUUAUUACUCGUUACUUAGGUUAAUAAAAUAUAUUAAAAAAAAAAUCCCGCCAGUUCAAAGUUACAUCGUCCAUUCGAUCACGACUUGUCAAAAACGUAAUAUUUGAGCAACCGGACUUAAAACAUCUCAUUGCAUUUGUAGCGACGAAGCUAUAACACUCAGUUAUAGAUACUCGUAUAUAUUGUAAAUAUUUCUUCUUGUUGUUGUAAUUAAAAAACACAUGUUAUAAAGAUAACUGUUUUUUUUUUAAAUUAGUAUAUAAAUAUAAUUUGUAAGUGUAUUUUAUUAAGUCUAUUUAUGUAGGUAAAAGAUAUAGAUAAGUCAUCACAUUUCAUUUGUGUAAAUUACCAUGAACUUCUACCAUGUAAAGAUAAAAAAUAAAACCAUGACAUA